GGGGUGGUAUGGGAAAUGGGAGUAGUAGUAGAUUUGUUACAUUAUAUGUUAGUAGUGUGGGGUGGAAGUCCGUGAAUGGAGGUGAGAAGAUGGAGACAGAGGGUAUGUGGGGCCCGCGGUUUAUCUGAGGAGAGAGAAACAAGACUUGAACAUCACGACGUAGUAAAAGACAGCUAGCAAUGAAGAAGGAGCCUCACCUACCAGUGCCCAUCACUUUCUUCUCCUUCUCUCUUCCCAUUUAAGCCUUCUUCACCCUCCUCUCUCUCCUUUCAAAAACUCACCCACUCUCAACUCAAACCUCCAUCUCCAUUUGGUGUGUGUAGUGGAGCUUUUCUACCUUCAAAGAUUGCACCUUUACCCUUCAGGAUAUUUUCAAUUGUCAAGAAAAUGGUUGGACCUAACUUCAUGGAUGAGAUAGACUGCGGCAGCUUCUUUGACCACAUCGACGACCUUCUCGAUUUUCCCGUCGAGGACGUCGACGGCGGCGCUGCCACCUUGCCUUCCGUCUCCGCCGGAAACAGCAACUCGCUGGCUAGCAUCUGGCCCUCCGAGUCCGACUCGUUUCCCGCCUCCGACUCGGUGUUUUCCGGCAACAGUGCUUCGGACCUCUCGGCGGAGCUAUCCGUUCCGUAUGAAGACAUUGUCCAAUUGGAAUGGUUGUCCAACUUUGUGGAGGAUUCCUUUUGUGGGGGGAGCCUAACAAUGAACAAAGUGGAAGAGCCAUCAUGUACCACUAAGGAGGACUCAGUCAACACCCAAUUUCACACAUCAAGCCCAGUUUCUGUCCUCGAAAGUAGCAGUUCUUGCUCUGGUGGCAAGACUUUGCCACCUCGCAGUCCAGAGAUUUACAUCCCUGUGCCGUGUGGACGUGCACGCAGCAAGCGUCCACGUCCAGCAACCUUCAAUCCUAGGCCUGCCAUGAACCUUAUUUCCCCUGCCUCCUCUUUUGUUGGGGAGAAUAUGCAGCCUAAUGUCAUAUCAUCCAAGGCCUCUUCAGAUUCUGAGAAUUUUGCUGAGUCUCAACUUGUUCCCAAGAUGCCGAAGCUAGCUUCUGGGGAGCCUAAGAAGAAAAAGAAAGUGAAGGUGCCACUUCCAGUAGCUCCAGCUGAUAACAAUCAAAAUGCCUCACAACCUGUUAGGAAAUGCAUGCAUUGUGAGAUAACCAAGACACCACAGUGGAGGGCAGGGCCAAUGGGGCCAAAAACACUAUGCAAUGCAUGUGGUGUUCGUUACAAGUCCGGCCGGCUCUUCCCCGAAUACCGGCCUGCUGCAAGUCCAACUUUUUGCCCAUCCGUGCACUCCAAUUCUCAUAAGAAGGUCCUGGAAAUGAGAUGCAGGGGAUUUGACAAAUCUGGUUUUGCAAUCAAUUCAGCUGCCUCACCUGAACUCAUUCCAAACACUAACAGCAGCCUUACCCUGGAGUACAUGUGAUGUGAAGGAGGAUUGAUCCUUUGUUGGAAAUUUCUCUUUCAUUGCUGCCCUCUAGAGUCAUGUCUUAUGUUAUUUCUUUUGAUAUUUCAUUUCUUUGGUUCAUUGGUUUUUGUACAGGGUUGGACUGGGGGAAUAGGAGCAAUAGAUGAUGAUGAUCUUAUUUUAGCAGUUAGGGGAAGAUUGUAAUGAGAAGUGAGGAAAAAAAGGGUAGACAUAUGCAGGUCAAAAAGGGUAGGGUCUUAGGUCUAGUAAUUGUAGGUCCCUUAAGGUCAUUAGGAGUUGGUGUCUCGGUUGUUUUUUUUAUUUUUCUUGGAAUUCUUUUCAUUUUUUUCCCUUUUUAUAUAUAUCCCUAUUUGUGGGAAUUCUUUUUGCAGUUCAUUUUGUAGCAAAAAUUUCGAGUUGAGUAAGAGAGUUUUUAAUUUGUAAUGCCCCGUUUGCUUUUUUCUAAACAUUGACCUAUUCUUUGCA